CAGUUUCAGGCGGCCAGUCUUGUUACGACGCUCGAUGCGGUACUAUCGCAUUCUCGAAAACUGCAACGAAUUAAGAAAGUUUAUAUCGAAUUUAAAUUAUAUAUGAAAAGAGUUAACAAUUUUCUUCCACAAGGAAGUAGUCAGUUAAUAACUUGUGAAGUGUUCGUGUACGAAAACACCGUGUGACAUUUAACCGCAGUGUUUCGUCUGUUGCUUUCACAAUACUCGCGCGGAUACUGACCGCGUGUUUGUGAGUGAAAAUGUGAACCAAAAACUUUGAUAAUGCUAUGUUUUACCAGUGUUAUUAUAAAGUAAUAAGUGAUAUAUAACAAUAAGUGAUAUUUAAAAGCCAAAACAAUGGCUACUUUGUACAUUAACGAAUCUCCAAAUGGCAUUCAUUUGCUAAAUGAUACCGAAAAGGAUUCUAUGCGUCGCAGAUCUUUAGCCAGUAUUAAUGAAAUCAACCAAAAAAUCAACAGUGACCUAAAUGAUUCUCAUAACUCUGAAAAAUUAAGAACUAAAAGAUUAAGCAUUUUUGGAAAGAAAAGUGCAUUAAAGGAUGUCGAUCCUUCUGAUAAAAGAAGACACUCGACAUAUAAUAUUUUGGGAUUAGGAAUAAAGACAUCUAGUAAAGAUAAAGAUAAAGAUAAGGAGAAAAGAAAAGAGCACAGACGCAGCUCAUUAGCUCUAUUCGGAAAUCUGAACAAGGAACGUAGGAGUUCCUUGGCUUUAAAUUCCGAUUCCAAAGAAAAUGUUGCUAAAUCCAACAGGAGAUCUUCUCUGGCUGUACAUUUCUCAAAAUCGAAAAAGGAGUUGAGCAAGUCUCAAGGUGCAUUAGAUGAAGACGAGGUUGAACCGAGACGCAGUAAAAGUACUUGGCAAGUCCGAAAACGCAGAACAGGCGCAACAAAUGGCUCAGAUUUUGGAACACCUGAAAGAUCCAGACCUCACUCACCUGACAGAUCGAUUGAAAAUUUGGAUGAAGUUGAAUUGAAUGAACGUUAUUUCGAACCUAACAAACGUAGAUUGAGCUGGUGGAACGUUUUGUUACCAGAAAACCUCAAGUCCAAUAGGUCGAGACGUUCUAGUCAAGACAUAAAUGCAUUUUCCAGGAGUGUGGAUCAUUUAGCACCGCUGCCUUUGAAAAGGAGCAAAAGUCGUAGUGUUGACCACGGUCUUACAGCGCCGUACGAUUUGGACACACUUCGUUCGAAAGUAGAAGGAAGGAUCGAAAGUGUCGAUCGACUUGCCAAAGAGGAGGAAAGAAAACGUGCUUUGGCUCAAAUUCCUACAGUGCCAUAUACAGUCGGAGAUAGAGAUACAUUGACUUCUGUUGCUGCUAGAUUUGAUACAACUCCAUCGGAAUUAACGGCGAUAAAUAGACUUGGAAGUAAUUUUAUAUUUCCAGGGCAAGUGCUGCAAGUUCCUAGCAAAAAAUCAGAAGAUGGAGAAAACGAAGACGGCGCCUCGUGCGCAUCGACAACGGAUACAUCUCACGAUAACCACGAUGAUUUACCACAAGAAGAAAAAGAACUUUUGGAUGGUUUACGUAUUAUUGAGCAAGAAUUAGGGGGUAGUUCGUGCAAGAACAAGGAAAAAUGGGCUGAAGGAUCUACCGGUAACAGGAAGAUACUUUGGUUGUGA